CCGCCACGCAGCCUCACGCACCUGCACUCUCGUCGCAACAGCCAAGAUGCUCUCGCACAUCCUCAUCUCGACCCUCAUCCUCUCCAUCGCCGCGGCGCCGGCGUCGUCGACGUCGCUCGAGGUGCGAACUUCACGCCGCUCGCUGGGCGGCCGCCCCUGGCAAAGAAAAUGCAAGGUCCUCAAAGCCGACGAGUGGGUCCAGUUCAAAGAGGGCGGCGACGUCGAUGGGGUGGUGCUCGUGGAGAACGACGACAGCACCAAGCCCUUUGACGACGUGGCGCAAAGCUUCAAGUUCCGCCUCACCGGGCUCGACUCUGAGUGCAUCGGCGGCAUCUACCCGGUCAAGAACGCGACAGGAGGCACCAUUGACGAGCCCGUGGACGGCCUGACCAACGCGUGUGGCGUCCACGUCCACAGCGGCAUCGGAGGAUGCGCCCCCCUGGGGGCUGGCGGGGCGACAGGAGGCGGCCACUAUUAUGCGCCUGGCUUUGCGGACCCAUGGGGCACCGGCGCAGGCACCGACUUCAAGAACGACUACGACGUCCUGGCCGCGGGUUACACCGCCGCCUAUGGCGAGUUCACCGCCACGACCGGCCUCACGCUUCCGGAGCUCCUGGGGGAAGAAGACGGCCCCGUGAUCGUUGUCCACGGGGCCGAUGGUGGGCGCAUCGCUUGCGCCAAGCUCGAGUGCGAGAGGAAGGGUUACGACUGGUGGUGAGCAGGGACGCGCCACAAGAGCCCGAGGAAGCGGGCCUGGUGCUCUGUGCUGCUGCUUCGGGGCCUCGCCCUGCUGUACGUAUACGUAUGCGCAUGUGAGACCCUGUCCGCUUGGGUCUAUGUCUCUGGUUUGUAGUCUCUCUGGUCUGAGUCUUCAGUCUCCCCCGCCGCCACGUCGGGUGCUCGUUCGAUCGUUAGUAUAUAGAGCACUGCUUGUUUGUGAGAUGUGGAGCGCUGUACGUGUCGUGUGAGUGUGCGUGCUUGUGCGCGCGCUCCGUCGAAGCUGAGGUGGUACGCGAUUUACGGUUCGCUCGCGCGCGCACUGUGGUCGGCGCCCCUCGCUUGUGCGUUCUCAUACGUGUUUAUUGGACUCGCCAUUGUUUGCUUGACGACGUUUCUCUCGUUGUAAAAAUCUCUCGUUUG